AUGGGAGACUACAACAACAACAACAACAACAACGAUGCCUUCAUGCGCAGCCAAAACGCCGCCGUUCAGGGCCGAACCAAGGCCCAGAACCGCGCUAAUGUUCUUCAGCUCAAACUGAUUGGUCAGAGUCACCCCACUGGUUUAACAACUAACCUUUUGAAGCUGUUUGAGCCUCGACCACCGUUGGAUUUUAAACCGCCUCCAGAGAAAAGAAAAUGCCCACCCUUGACAGGGAUUGCGCAAUUUGUGAGUAAGUUUGCGGAGCCAGGAGAUCCUGAAUAUACCGCGCCUGUCCAAAAGGGCGAAACUCCUACACAAAGAAGGGCUCGGAUACACCAGUUAAGGCUUGACAAGGGUGCAGCAAAGGCUGCAGAAGAGCUAGAGAAAUAUGAUCCAAAUAAUGACCCAAAUAUUUCUGGAGAUCCAUAUAAGACUUUGUUUAUCGCUAGACUGAAUUAUGAGUCAACUGAGAGCAGAAUCAAAAGGGAGUUUGACGUUUAUGGUCCAAUCAAACGGGUUCGAUUGGUUUCUGACAAAGAAACAAAUAAACCUAGAGGUUAUGGAUUCAUUGAGUACAUGCAUACACGGGAUAUGAAAGCUGCAUACAAGCAAGCUGAUGGGAGGAAGAUUGAAGGCAGAAGGGUUCUUGUAGAUGUUGAACGUGGGAGGACAGUCCCAAACUGGCGUCCUCGCCGACUGGGUGGUGGGCUUGGGACCACCAGAGUUGGAGGUGAAGAAGUUAAUCAGAGAUAUUCAGGAAGGGAGCAAGUACAAUCAGGAGGACAACCCCGGUCCGAGGAGCCAAGGGUACGCGAGGAGCGGCAUGUAGACUUGGAUAGAGAAAAAUCCCGUGAAAGGGGAAAAGAGAAAGACAAGGAGAGAGAACGGGAGAAGUCCCGUGAGCGCUCCCGUGAACGCUCCCAUGACAAGCCUAGGGAUCGUGAUCACAGGGAAGAUAGGCACCACAGAGAUCGUGAUAGACCCAGGGACAGGGACCGGGAUAGGGAUAGGGAAAGAGAUCGUGGUCGUGAUCGUGAUCGAACUCGUGAGCGAGGACGUGAUCGUGGCCGUGACUAUGAGCGUGAUCGAGAAACUAGGGAUCGUGAUCGCGAUCGCCCUCGAGAAAGAGAUAGGGAUUAUGAAGUUGGGGACCCUGAGCAUGAUCGUGGCCGUUCCCGUGACAAGGAAUCUGAUUAUGACCACCGUACUGAAUCAAAACAUGAGAGGGACCGACAUGGUGAAAGGGAACGGGAUUAUGACCGCACUGCCCAGGAAGAUGGCCAGGGGUGGUUUGAACAACCUGAACAUGGCCAUAGGCACUCAGACCCUGACCAGGAUGCUGAGCCCUAUGAACAUCAUCGUAGCCAGUAUGAUCAAUUGGAUGUCCAGCAUGACCAUGACCGUUACAAACAAUAUCCUGAUCGCGGGCAUGAUCGCUAUGAUCGAAUGGAGGAGGAUGAUUACCAUUAUGAACAAGCACCAGUUGAGUCCCGCGAAAGGGAUAGGGAUGGAGAUGUGGAGCGAGAUUAUCGGAGGUCAUCUAGAUCACUCUCUCGGGAUUAUAGUGAAUAUUAA